UUCCACUUUCAUCGCAAUUCUCCAACAGCGACUAGGUCAGAUAGGACAGAGCUGGGGAGGCUAAGGAUGCAAAGUAAAGUCCGGAAGGACUCAUUUCACGGAUGGCUGGUUGUUGUAGCGUGUUCAGUAGCUUUCUUUAUGUUUGUUGGAAAUGCAAGUUGCUUUGGACUGUUGGAGAUAGAACUUAGGCAGCUGUUCGAAGGACAGGCAUCUUCUAUCUCAGCUAUCAAUGCGCUCUAUAAUGGCCUCGGUUUUGGUCUUGCCCCAGUCGUGGCAGCUUUAACUAAGGUUGUAUCCUGUCGUCUGCUGUGCACGUGCGGUUCCUUCUUUUGUUUCAUAGGGUUUCUUGUUGCCGCCAAUGCACAGACACUUCCGGUCAUCAUAUUUUGCAUUGGGGUACUACCAGGAAUUGGUUUCAGUUGCUUAACGGUAACCUCGACUAUAAUGGUUGGCGAAUAUUUCGAGAAGAGGCGACCCAUGGCCUUGAUUCUGAGCGUUUUGGGAGGAGGAGUGGGGAUCGUGGCAUUUCCCUACAUUUUUACACAUCUGAAUCAGACAUACGGAUUAAGAGGAACACUUUUGAUAUUGUCUGCAGUGUACUGCAACGGAAUUAUAUUCUCGUUUUUGUAUAACAUCAAUCUUGUUAACUGCAAGCAAAGUAGACUAGACAUUCUGAGGGAGGUCUGCCAAACUGUCUUCGACAGAGAGCUCAUGAGGACAAGGAAUUUCCCGACAGUGACCCUCUCAUACUUAUUAUUGCACAUUGUGUAUGCUAUCCCGUUUCUGUUCCUUCCAAAAAAGGCUGAGCAAUUGGGAUUCUCCGAAGACAAGGCGUCGCUUUUAUUGUCCAUCAUUGGUAUUUCGAACACUGUUUCUCGCCUCCUGAUGGCGAUAGCCGCCAGUAGAUCGCCAUUUUGUCGAAUGGUUUUGUUGACCUCGUCUUUCUUAGCGACCUCUGUUUCGCUGCUUAUAUUUGCCAUUUUUUCUGACUUUUUAUAUCUGGCUAUUGGCGUUACUUUAUCUGGGUUUUCAGCUGGGAUUUUUAUAAGUAUAACAUCUGCCGUGCUCCUCGACCUCUUUGGAAACGAUAAUUUCGCCAGCAGCUUCGGCUCUUACUUUCUUGUUGUGGGGCUGGGCUUUGUGAUAGGUGGACCAUUGAUGCAGUCGCUGUCACUGGUACUCUCCAACAUUGAUGCUGUCUUUUACGUGUCUGCUGGAUGCGCCUUUCUGAGCUCGCUGAUGCUGGUGACGGUAACGUGUGAUAAUUGUUUCCCGCGGAGGAAGACGAUUGGCUGCAAGCUACACAUAACAUCCAAUCAAUCACAGAAGGCGUUAUCUGAAGAUGUUAACAACGUGUUCACAAUAAGUACAGCAGCAUGAGAGACAGGUUUAGCGAUAACAUACUCUUCUCCAAAUUGUAAUGGAUAUUAUAACUGACCAUUAAAUACACAUAUGAAUCUUUGAUAUCAUAUUUACUGUAUGUAUAAGCGCAGUUUGAUUGAGUCUUUGCAUCUAAAUGAUGUGUCGGAUAUUGCUUGGAUGAGUGUAAAAAGAGGUUUUAUGACCCAAUGUCAAUUUUUAAAAUAAAAGUACAUGUAGAAUAAAUA